GGGACAAAACAGGUUCCACGGGACCCACGCGUUUCUUUACCCUAACCUUUCCACUGCUCCAGCGAAGGCACUCAGCCUCCGCCAUUUCUUCAUCUCCAAUCUCCAUCCUUCCAUCUUCCGCUCCCUCCCCUGCUUGCGCUCGGCACGCAGGCGACCUCGGCGGCGCUCGGGCUCGGUCUCUCAGCGACGGCGUCAGCAGAUUCCCCUCCUGCCUCUCGCCAGUCCCCUCGCCACUGGUCCUCUGCGAACCGGCCGGUGACUCUGCGAAACUAUUCCAGCACAGGUACCCAAGUAUGGCGGCAAGACGCAAUGUUCGGUACUCGCCUCUUCCUUCAGAGGACGGGGAUGACAGCAAUUUUAUUAAAGAAGAUGUUGACCUCCGAUACACUUACACUCCGAAAUCGUACAGAAGGAUCCCAUGGAAGUCAAUUGCCCUGGCAUUGUUCCUCCUCCUCCUAGGAACUUCACUUCUCUUUCUUUCUUACUUCAUAUUCACAGGUCACAUGGAGGGUGAUAGUUCUCAGGCAUAUGGUCUCUUGUUCCUGGGUUUCCUUUCCUUUCUUCCUGGUUUCUACGAGACUCGAGUUGCUUACUAUUCAUGGCGGGGAGCACCAGGGUACACUUUUGCAUCCAUACCAGAUUAUUAGCCUUUCAGUUUGCGCUGCUGAUGCAGUAAGGAUAAUGAACAAGCAAACAACUUCAAACUUUCCUUGGGAACCAAUUUUAGUGAUAAAAGAGUUAAGCAUGCAUAUGUAGUGGCUCAAAUGAUUGUUGUGUUUAUAGGAUGUUAUUGCUUCGUCGGUCAGUAAAAGAAUAAUUCCUUGUGAUAUUGUGUAAGAGCAAAGGUUGAUUUUGCAAUUUCUUGGUAUUUCCUUGUCAAAUAUAACAGAAAUUAGUGCCACCAGUAUGUGUUUGUGUGAUGGUAUCUGUUGAUGAAGAUAGACUAUGUACUCCAUUUGGGGCUUUGGAGUAUGUA